GUUCUGUGGUGGCUUUGGACUUUAGCCAACGCCUCCUGUAUUUAAGAGAAGGCGUUGCUCUAGCAGAGGCUAGAGUACUUUGCCUCGAAAAAUUGGUUUAGUGUGAAAACAGGUAAAGCUAUGGGGGUGAAACGCUGAAUUGGUCACUAAAAACAUGUAGGGUAUCUCGUUUUAGUAGGCUCACAGACAGCUUACGAAGAACCAUCUGAGCUAUUCCUGAUUAUAUGGGUGGACUUAGUUUGGCGUUUGCGGCGGCCUGCGGGCUUCUGCUGGCCACAAUUUCUCCGUAUGUUUACAAGGCAUUUGUCGAAUACUACUCCAGUAAUCCGGAGGCAAUGGCAAGCGAGCUGUUCGAAGAAUUUUGGCAGUGGAGGCUGAAAGAUAGCCCCGAGUUCGCUACCAUGGUCGGCUAUCACGGUUACGACCACCUGCUGGAAUCCUACUCGAUCAAGUCGUUUCAAGACAGAAAAGAGAAGGUUCAGUAUUUCCUCAAAAAAACAAAAGAGCUGCUGCCAAAGUUGAAAGACCAGUGGUCUCAAGCAAGCCUGAACAUACUGAUUGAUGGGCUGGAUGGAUACCUUCGUGGUCUCGACACACAUGGCCACCUUUAUCCAAUCAGCUUCAUUGAAGGAGUUCAUGUGGACAUUUUCCAAACCGUCGACUACAUGGUGUUCAAUACUGUGGAGGACUACAAGAAAUUAUUGUCCAGAUAUGAGAAACUUCCUAAGCAGCUUGAAGAAAUUACAGAACUGAUGAAAGAAGGGAUCAGACUUAAGAAAACUGCACAUGCUGUGUCCAUGAAAAAUGUACUGGAAAGGCUAUCUUCAUUUGAAGAGCCAGCAGAGAAGUCGGAGUUUUUUCAACGCUUUCAAAAGUACCCCGAUGCCAUUUCUGAACAAGACAGAAAAUUCCUUAAGCAGGAUGCAUUAAAAGUAAUAGAGUCAUCAGUGCUACCAGCCUUCAGUAACUUGAGGAAAUUCAUUAAAGAGGAGUACAUGCUUCACCUAAGGCCUGAAAUAGCAGCCACCUCCCUGCCGGAUGGCAAAACUUACUACAAGGAGUGUUUGCGGUACCACCUUGAGCUGGACCUUACACCUCAGGAGGUGCAUCAGUUGGGUUUGGAUGAAGUGAAGAGAAUAUCGGACAGCAUGAAGCAGAUUAUCAAGUCUUUGGGUUCUAAUGCAAGCCCAAAGGAAUUUUCCGAGAUGAUUCGCAAUGAUUCAUCUUUCCUAUGCCAAUCAAGCGAGGAGGUUGUGAGGAUGUAUGAACAGCUGCUUGAUGAAGAAAUCAACCCUAAGCUGCUAACUAUUUUUUCUGCAGUGCCAAAAUCCCCUCUCAGAAUUCAGCUUCAAGAUGUCUCCAAAUCUAGUGGACCAUGUGCCAUGUACAUCCAAGGCACAACUGAUUUUUCUCGCCCUGGAAUAUUUUAUGUCAAUGCUGCCGACCUGACCAGAUCGCCCAAGUACCUUAUGCCUGCAUUGGCAUUGCAUGAAGGUAACCCUGGUCAUCAUUUACAGGGCUCUUAUGCUAUGGAGCUACCCGGCAUGCCAUCAUUUCGAAGCCAGAUCGAAGAUCGGCGCUACAAUGAUGGACCUGUGCAUUUCCCUCUCCACACAGCCUAUGUUGAGGGCUGGGGCCUCUACAGUGAAUACCUUGGUUAUGAGCUGGGUGUCUACAGAACUCUCCAUGACAAGUAUGGACAUCUGACCCAAGAAAUGCUUCGUGCGUGUCGCCUUGUAGUUGAUACGGGGAUGCAUGCACUUGGUUGGUCCCGGGAGAAAGCAGUGCAGUAUUUGCUGGAGCAUACUUCGUCUAGCCAAGCUGAAGUGGAAAGUGAGAUUGACCGCUACAUCACUUGGCCUGGACAGGCAUGUGCUUACAAAGUUGGUGAACUCAAGAUCAAACAGUUGCGCCAAAAAGCACAGGAUGCCCUGGGUGAAAAAUUCGAUGUCCGAGCAUUCCACAAGGUCAUCCUUGACAACCCUGGCCCACUGACAUUCCUAGAGAAACAAGUCGGCAAGCACAUUGUGGAAACAACGGGUCAUUAAGACGAGAGCCGCAAUAAGCUGAUGUAAAGUGUGCAGAAUACCUCGUGCUGCCACAUAUUUUAAUUUUGUUCCUGAACCCUGUAAUGCCUUGUAUGCCAUCCUUGGUAUACCUUAUCUUUGCCUUCAAUCAUUUUUAUAUGCAAGUUAUCUUUGGUGGCAUUAUCAAAAUUUGGGAAAUUUUGAUUGCACGCUCUUCUACUUCGAGAUUCGCUGGUGUUGAAAAUGCAUGUUGAAACAUUUAAUGUGCCGUAGCCAGUAUGAUAUGUCAGUAAUUGCUGGGAAGGAGACAAGUUGUGGAGUGACAGGCUGAAUUGGUAACUUGCUCAAGCUAUUUAUCUUGAUGAGCUAUUAGCAUCAUUUCUUUUAUAAUGGUCGACGUGCUGUAAAAUGCAUCCCAGACAAAGCAAAUUUCUCUUGCUCAUACUGAGACUGAUGUGUGUAUUCAGCUAUGUUUUCUUAAAGUUUUACCAAAAUCUCAUAAUAAGUCUGUCAUCAAAAUUUAAGCAGCAUCAUUCAUACCUGUUGUUUCCUGUCGUAUUGUUACAGCCCCCAAAUUCAUUCAUUGUAAGAGUGUACGUGCACUCCUGAAAGCCAGUUAGUUUAUGUUGACUGAGAAUGCAGCAAGUGAAGAACACUGUAGAUUAGUUAAUGGUAAUGGAAAACAGAUUGUGAAAAUCACACCAAAUAAAAGAGAUUGUAUUGUA